AUGGUAUUGAAACUGAGGGAUAGGCAGCGAGUUGCCAUAGCAAUAGCUAUAACCUUCUCCUUCUUCGUCUGUGAGCUCAUAGUUGCCUUCAAGACGCAGAGUCUAGCCCUGAUGGCCGAUGCCUUCCACUAUUUGACCGAUCUGCUCGGCUUGGUCGUGACCUUGACUGCCAUCUUCAUAUCGGAGCGUCCCGAUUCCCCGCAGGACCUUUCAUUUGGGUGGCAGCGAGCCCGGUUGCUUGGUGCUUUCUUCAAUGGCGCCUUCCUGCUUGCGCUGGGAGUCAGCAUCCUCCUCCAGUCAAUUGAACGCUUCAUUUCAGUCCGUGAGGUCGAGGAUGUGAAGUUGGUCCUCAUCAUGGGCUCUAUAGGCCUUGUGUUGAACAUCAUCAGCGUUGUUCUCCUGCAUGGUAAACACACCCUCAAUACCCUCAAUACCCCGAAGCGAGACCUCGGCAUGGUCGGAGCUAUGCUGCACGUCGUCGGCGAUGCGCUCAACAAUGUGGCAGUCAUCACCGCCGGGGCCAUCAUCUGGUUCACGUCCUCGCCCAUGAGAUUCUAUGCCGAUCCCGCCGUUAGCAUGGCAAUAUCUGUAAUUAUCUUCUUGUCAGCUUUGUCUCUGGUCAAGAAGAGCGGCAGGAUUCUCCUCCAAAGCGCACCGCGGGGAGUCAACCUUGCAGAUGUCAAGCACGACAUUGAGAAAAUUCCUGGCAUCGAGUCGGUCCACGAACUCCAUGUCUGGCAACUCGACCAGUUGAAAGCCAUUGCCUCGGCCCACGUCACCGUCUCGGAUUCCAACAUUGACACGUUCAUGGAAAAGGCAAAGACGAUUGGCGAGUGCCUUCAUGCCUAUGGAAUCCACUCGACGACGCUGCAGCCGGAAAUCAUGUGCACACCCCUGGGGCCCGGUGGCGGUAACGGAAGGCAGUUGCCGUGCCAAGUCAUGUGCGGUAAGGGCAAGUGCGAGGAGCUCAUGUGUUGCAGUACUACUAGUAUCGUGCAGGAGUACUAA